UAACCAUAAUUAUUUUUUCUAAAUAUCCUUCUAAUAAUAUCAAUUCAUAAUUCUUAUAGCCAACUGCAUUGUUUUUAAGAUCACUCAAUUUAUUUGGAGUUCUCUCAAAAAAGAAGAUUAUUUUUAACAACAACAUUUGUACUUAAUUUUGGACAAAUGACUCAAUCUACCGAUAUUACUACAAGCAUGUUUUCAAGGAUAUUCUUCCUUAUAGCCAUACAGUCCAAUUGCAUUUUAUCAAUCUACCUUGAUUAUGAUAUGUAUUAUCAGAAACCUCUUUACUCAAAACGGAAUGAAAUAUCCAAAAAUAAUAGUUCAGAUUUCGAAUAUAAACCUUUCUUGAAAUUCAAUAAACAUCUGAAACCUGUUUAUAACGCUAUCAAGGGCACAAAGCUUACAUUAGAUUGUAGAGCCAUGGGAGCCCCACCUCCAAUCGUGUAUUGGCUACUUCCAAACUCGGAUAUUUCUACCAACAACAUUCGAAUACGCGAUGAUGAUUACAAUUUAUAUGAUGCAAUACCAAGGAAUUCUAUUAGAAAUUUUGCUCCGAGCUUUAAUAAAUGGCCAACUUUUUUCAAUAGAUUGCGGAAGAAAUCCCUAUACGAAUCGCAGAGAGAAAAAAUGAAACGAAAGAAAAGAAGAACAUCUAUGGAGACGAAAGGUGAGGAACAAUUCGCAUAUAGUUCAACUUAUUCUAGAUUGGUUAUAGAUUGUCUUAAUGAUACAGAUUUUGGACAAUAUACAUGCGUAGCACAAAAUGAGGCUAAAAUUAUACAACAAACCACUAUUGUCAAAUUCAUAAAAUCAGAGGCUUCUCCUCAGGUAUGUGCUGAUCAAAUAAAAGACCAGCCUCAACUACAACAAAAUUUUAUUGAUAAGACACAGUCCGAUAAUUUCAUCAAUGACAAUCGUAAAAGAGAAAAUUCGGAUUUCAGAGGUACAGCUCCAGCUAGGAUACAUAUGUGGACUAGAACGACAGUGCAAAGUCAAGGAUCCGAUACAGAAAUGUUUUGUAGGUCCAGUGGAAAGCCCGCUCCACGUGUUACAUGGCUGACCCCAAAUAAGAUUAUAAAGGAAGAUGAUGAUAAAUAUAAGGUUUUGGAUAAUGGAGACCUGGUUAUUAGAAAUAUAAAUUGGGAUGAAGAUAUGGGACUAUACAGUUGUUUGGUUCACAAUAAAUUUGGCAACGAUCACAAAGAAUCCUAUCUUUAUCCAUUAAGCAAAUUAAAUUAAUCGACAUUUUAUUAUUAAUUAAAUUAUACAUAUUUAAAGCUAUUUAAUAUUAUUUAAGUUGAUCUCAUUUUAUG